ACAGCGGCGGCAGCAGCCAGGCACGCAGGGUGGAAGGACUGAGCAGUUUGAGGAGGACAGGCGCGUUGUUCCCCUUGUGGUGGUGGUGAUUUCAUGUGGAGGAGGAAGAAGAAGAAAGCGAUUGAGAAAGCAGCGAGCUCGUCUUAUUCUUAAACGGAUUUUAUGUAUUGGCUCCUCGCAAAAUGUGUACUCCGUGUUGUGUCUCGCAGCUGGCCUGCUGCUGCGGCUCAGCGGCCUGCUCGUGCUGCUGUAACUGCUGCCCCAAGAUCAAACAGUCCACAGGGACCCGCAUCAUGUACGCCUUCUACUUCCUGCUGGUCACCGUCGUCUGUUGCAUCAUGAUGUCCCCCACUGUGGAGGAGGAGUUGAGAGGCCGUAUCCCCUUCUACAGUGAGUUGUGUGAGAGGAUGAAUGCAGGGGAGAACUGCAAAACUCUGGUUGGCUACACUGCCGUCUACAAGGUGUGCUUCGGCAUGGCCUGCUUCUUCUUAUUUUUCGCUUUCUUCACCAUACGAGUCAACAACAGCACAGGCUGCAGGGCGGCUGUGCAUAACGGGUUCUGGUUGCUGAAGUUUAUUGUGCUGGUGGCGUGCUGCGCUGGUGCCUUCUUCAUCCCGGGUCAGGAAACCUUUCUGGAAGUGUGGCGCUACAUAGGAGCAGCUGGCGGGUUCUUUUUCCUGCUGAUCCAGCUCAUGAUGUUGGUGGAGUUUGCACACAGAUGGAACACAAACUGGAAUUCAGGAGUGAAGUAUAAUCGCCUGUGGUACGCCGCUUUGGCCUUUGUAACUCUGAUGCUGUUCAGUGGUGCGGUAGCAGCCUUGGUGUUCAUGGGUGUGUUCUACACCGACCCCGAGGCCUGUUUACUUAACAAGAUCUUCCUGGGCAUCAACGGCAGCCUGUGCUUCAUCGUCUCCCUGUUGGCCAUCUCCCCAUGCAUACAGAAAUUGCAGCCCACAUCAGGUCUGCUGCAGCCAGGAGUCAUCAGUGUGUACGUCAUGUACCUCACCUUCUCAGCCUUCUCCAGCAAACCAAAAGAGAUGGUGGAAAGAAAUGGUGUGAACACAACCGUGUGCGUGUUUCCCUUAAACGCUGGAACGGAGAGCGACAAGAAGAUUGUCACCAUUUUUGGGACGGUUAUCCUGUUUGGCUGCAUUCUUUACUCUUGCUUGACGUCCACCACCAGGCGAAGCUCUGCAGCGCUCAGAGUGUGUAGGAACAGUGAGCCAGAGGCUGAGAGAGCUCGCUGCUGUUUCUGUUUUGGAGAUGACACAGAUGAUUAUGAUGAGGAGAAUACUGGUGGAGGCCAGAACGUGGUGUAUGAUGAAAGAGAGGCAACCAUCUACAGCUACUCCUACUUCCAUUCUGUCUUCUUCCUGGGAUCCCUCUAUGUCAUGAUGACCGUCACCAACUGGUUCCAUUAUGAUAACCAUAAGAUUGAGAAGCUGUUGGACGGGAGCUGGUCAGUGUUCUGGAUCAAGAUGGUUUCCUGCUGGGUCUGUCUGUUCCUCUACAUGUGGACCCUUUUCGCUCCCAUGGUCUGCCCGAGGCGCUUUGAGGCCUAGGACACCCGCCACUACGCUAGAGUCAGGCUACUCUGAUUCUUGGGAUGUGGCCAGGCAGAGGCUCGCACGCUGAGCCAAGGGACCAGCCCCCCCCCCCUUCCCACUUUACCUUGAAACACAACCCUACACUACCCUCAGUGUUUGGAAUGGAGGAAUAUCUGUUGCCUUUUGUUUUGUAUAUGCUAGUGUUUAUUUUACUUCGUUUUACAAUGUUAAGCUGUUAAUACGUUGAUGGUAAUUUUGUUAUCUUUUACUACCACUUACUCAUGGAGUUUUGUAUUACUUACAGAUUUGAGAGUACAUAAAGAAUCAUGGGAGUUGAGUUACAUUGUGAAACAUGAUAAGAGUUUGUUCCCUAUAGAUUCCUUCAUAAUUUCAGAUUUGAAAGCAUAUUUUGUAUUUCCUACUUGGAUUCUCACUUUUAAUCUCAGCCAGGCAUUUCAGUUCUGUACAGUUGGACCAUAAAGUUGUAGCAAAGUUUUGGGACAAAUGUAUUUCAGGUUAGAGAUAUUACAAGAUAAAUUGUAUUUAUUUAAGUAUGUCUUAAGUAAUCAGAAAUCAUUUAUGAAGAACUGUGGUGUAAAUUGAAGUAGAUUUGUCCCCGACUCUGUUUAAAAACUCAUCUCUCAGGCUCACAUGUAAGCUGUAUAUGUUUGUGCUUUGUUAAAUCGCUCCCUUUUUGUAGAAGUUUUCUAUGCAAAGGAACAAGUCUUUUCAAUAUUAUACCCAGUGUUGUGAAGUUUCCACUUAGAUUUCAAGGAUGUUUCAGAUUUUAUUAUUGUUAGUGCUCCAUUUGAGCCAGAUUUUUUCUUAGGAAAAUCCCUGUCAUCUGUACAACAUUUCCAGUCAUCGUUGUUGUUGUACAGGGCAGUGCUCCUCAAAUCAACCUGCCUUAUGUAAGAGUGACGUUAGUGGAGUGCCGCCUCUCUGGAAGAGCUGCAGUGAAACAGAUGAGAAACGUUUGCCAAAGGUAGAUGUCAGAAAACAACAAACUACAGUAUCACAAUUGUUUGGUCAGUUACAGAGAAUAAUAUAACUGAGAACAUUAUGUAUUUGCAUGCACACACAGACACUUGAAUCAGCUGUUUUCUGUACAGUUAUAAAGGCUUUUGUUACGUGUGUCAGCUCAUAAUGGUGGUCAGAAUAAGUAGCAUAAGUGCUUUUAUUAGAGUUAUUCAACACUGGAUGUUGGGUUUACUGCCAAAAGGAAAUUCACACAAAGACCUUCACUUGUUUGUUACCUGUGUAACAGAUUUCUGUUGUAUUGUAUUAAAAUACAAUUUAUUGCGCAUUGUUAACUGCAAGUCAUUUGUUUCUCAUUCAUCAAUAAAUCAUUGUCCUUUUUUUGUUUUACAAUAACUUAAAAUGUACGUACAUUUUGGCUUGAAUUCUGUGGAAAGCAAAUUGUGACUUAUUUUUUUUGGAAACAUUUCUGCAUUUAGCUAUUGGUAUGAAUGUAGAAAAUAAAUGGUGCUCUGCAGCUUUGAUUUAAAAAAAUAAAUAAAAAUAUCCUAAAUCAGAUAGCAGGACCCACUGUGAAGGCUGUGUACUACCAUAACAUACAGGGACACUUAUUUGGACCAAGUAGUGUGUUUGAAAUAUAAAGAUGUGGGUGCCAUGCAGUUCAUUGUUCACACUAUUUCAAUAAAACUCCAUUGAAUGCCA